GGGUUCAGACCGGUUCCUCUUCAGUCCCAGCCAGUAGCAGGAAACCUGGGUUCAGGGUGGGAGCAGGAAUCCCUGCAUUGGCAACUGCAUUGAGGAUGGAGAUGGAAAAAGCUGAAAACUGAACCAGUGUUUGUAACCCGACAACUGUAAGCAGCCAUCAUGGGGUUUAAAUCUAUCUGGAGGUCGCUGAAGAUGGGUUCCCAACAGUCGAACCUUACUCGAGUCCCGUCCGUGAGUAUAAAGGACGAACCCCUGGAGUGUGUGAUCAAGGAACAGAAACGGGACGAACAUCUUAAAAAUCUUGGCAUGAAGCGAAACAAAUCGAUCCGUAAAUCAAUCGCGAAAAAGUUGCGACGGAAACGCGACGAACCGGACGGAAUUCAGUUAGAGAUGGAGAGGAAGGAAACUAUAGAUACACCCAGAGAACCUCUCCGGGAACCUCCCAGACCUGUUCAGGUUGAGACUAGGACUAGUAUUGGCUCUAAGGUUGACGGAGGAACUAGGGUUGAGGUGAUCAAGGUUGUGGAGAAGGAUAAGAAGGAUCUGGUUGGAGAUACUCAGCCUCUACCUGGACAUAUAGAGGCUGAGGUUCCGAGGAAAAUGGAUAAAUUGAGACGGAGCAUAAGGAACCGACCAUAUACAAUAUAGAAUAUAGAAUAUACA